CCCAACGUGGAAGAUUGGUAGGCGGGUUGUUGAGUUAGAGCUGCUGGCUCAAAACAUGUUUUGCGAUGUAUGCAAUUCGCCCCUCCAUCUCUCCAACACACUGUGGGAGCGCAGACUUGGACUUGGAAGCACGCUCCAUAUUCAGUGCACCAACGCGGUGUGUGAUGCUGUAUGCCAAGUGGACACUGGAAAACGGGGAUCAUCAGGGGCGUUUGAUGUAAAUUCCAAGGCUGCUAUAGGUAUGGUUCAUGCUGGAAUUGGCCCAUCACAGGUUAACAAUUUUCUUGUGGAGUGCAACAUACCCCCCAUUGCUACAUCCACUCUUAAAAGAAAAGAGUCACUGAUUGGAAAGACUUUGGUGGAAGCUGCAUCAACAUCAUGCAGAGAUGCUCAAACUGAAGAAAAAGAAUUGAGUUCAGAAAAGUUACAAGCCAGUUUUGAUGGUGGGUGGCAGAAAAGAGGAACUGGUUUCAACUAUAACAGUAACACAGGACAUGCAGCUAUGAUCGGGAAGACCACAGGUAAAGUAAAUUCAGGUCUACGAUUUACGUAA